CAGCCUUCAGAAUCCUGAUCUAACUUUAAGUCAUGGGUUUCUGUUGGCGUCAUUUUAGUCAUGUCAAAAUUGAAAGUAUCGAUGAACACAGCAAUCGAAUUGCUAAAAACCCCUGCAGUACCAUACAGGCUAAGAUUUCAACAACUUUACCUAUUGCCGUUCGUGAAAUCGUUCAAAUUUUUCUGGUUCUUCAACAACGACAACAGCAACCGAAAACGCUUUAGCAAAUUAUGGAUCCAGAGGUUUCCAGAGGGACAUAUACCGGAAGUUAUUGUACAGGCUGAUAAAAUGCACGGGGACAUGCAGCACUGGGAGGUGUACGAGUUGUUGGAGCGCCUUAAAACGUCUAAAGAGCCUAAUAUUCUAUGGAGGAUAGCUAGAGCUUUAUAUUUUUUGAGUGUUGAGCAAAAUGUCAGUAAAAGUAACAAAGUUAAUAUGAUUAAUGAAGCGCAGAUGGCGUUACAGUCAGCUUUAUCAUCUGGUGGUGUUGAGAAUGCCGACGUUCACAAAUGGAUGGCCAUAAUCCUCGAUGAGCAUUACGGAUUGAUCAGUCUUGAAAAUCGUGUGAGGUUCUCGUCGUUGGUCCGGUACCAUUUGGAAAAAGCCUGCGAUCUGAACCCCGAAGAUUACGACGCCCAUUACAUGUUGGGCAAAUGGUACUACCAGAUGUGCCAACUCAGCUGGUUCCAGAAAAUGAUCGCGAAAUAUCUCAUUGCCAUCGAACCACCUAAGUGCGACUACGCGCUGGCUUAUAAAUAUUUAGCACACGCCGAAGAACUUCAACCAAGAACGAUGCUGUCCAAUUUAUAUUAUCUCGGCAACACGUGCAUGCACAUCGGACAAUAUUUUAAAGCGAAGUACUAUUUGAAUAUGGCGGCGAGUUUGAAGCCUCGCAACGAUAACGAUAAACGUUUCUUGGCCAAAGCCAAACGCUUGAUGGAGAAACUGGACAGAUACGAUUUGGCCAGGAACAAUGUAUUGUUUUACGAUCCACUCGGGUUUAACCACGACUAUUGACAGGAGUUAUUACAACGGUAAAGUUUUUAACUUCUUUAAGUGGUAUAAACAUAGAAAUAAUAUAGAAGACCAAUACAAAUAAAACAUUUAAGCAGAAAUAGUGUGUCUAAAAGCAUGCGCAGUAUACAUGACUUGUCCCUGUAGUGUUGCCAAGCAUAUUAAAACAUACAUAACACAAAAGAAUUUCAAAUUUAUUUAUUUUUAAAUUAUGAUUUAACAUGAACGAUGGUUUAGGGGAAAGUGUCCUAAAAUGACUAACUGCUAAAAUGACACACUUUCUCUAUAUAGGAAACUAGAAG